AUGGGUGAUCUUCCUUCAGCGUCAGAGCCCCAUCUCAUGCACCGCUCCCUCCUCAGUCGCCCCGAAACCGUCUCAUCUGCAUCAGGUGUCUAUCUCACCCUCUCCUCCGGCCGCAAAAUCCUAGAUGGCUGCGCUGGUGCUGCAGUCGCCAUAAUAGGCCACGGAAACACCGAAGUUCGAGAUGCCAUGCUCGACCAAGCCACUCAAGUGUCAUACGUCCACACCAUGACCUACACAACACCCAGCGCAGAGGAUCUCGCUGACCAUCUCCUCGAAAAUGAACCUUUUGGUCUGGCGAGAGCUUACCUCGUCUGUUCUGGAAGUGAAGCCAUGGACGCGGCUAUGAAGCUUGCGAGACAGUAUCAUGUUGAGAAUGGACAACCUGAAAGGACGAGGUUCGUUUCAAGAAGACAGGCUUAUCAUGGAAAUACUGUUGGUGCUAUGAGCGUUGGAAGUUUUGUGGCGAGAAAAGCGCCGUAUAAAGGUGCCAUUUUGCUGGACAAUAUCAGCCAUGUGAGUGCUGCGUAUGAGUACCGCACAAAGAAGGAUGGAGAAACAGAAGAGGAGUACUCAAAGAGACUAGUCGAUGAGCUUGAAGCAGAGUUUCUAUCUGUCGGACCUGAGAAAAUCAUGGCUUUCGUUGCAGAAACAGUUGGAGGUGCAACAGCAGGGUGCAUCACACCUCCAGCUGGGUACUUCAGUGGAGUUUCGAAAGUAUGCAAGAAAUACGGCAUCCUUUUGAUCCUCGAUGAAGUCAUGUGCGGAGUUGGUCGAUGUGGAACUUUCUUCGCUUUUGAGCAGGACGGUGACGUUCAACCUGAUAUCGUCACCAUCGGCAAGGGACUAGGCGGAGGCUACAUGCCCAUCGCUGCAACUCUCGUACACAGAGACAUCAUCGAUACGUUGAAGAAAGGAACAGCUAGUUUCAAUCACGGACAUACAUAUCAAGCCCACCCUGUAAGUUGCGCAGCAGCACUAGCGAUACAAAAGAUUAUUCGCCGAGACAAUCUCGUAUCCCGCUGCGCUACUCUCGGCGAAAGAUUAUACAAGGCCCUUGUGGAUACUUUCCAAGACGCAAAGUUUGUGGGAAACAUUCGUGGACGUGGAUUGUUCUGGGGUAUCGAGUUUGUGCAAGACAGAAAGACAAAAGCACCGUUUGACAGCAAGAUUCGAUUCGGAGUCAAGGUCCAGGAGAGGGCGUUUGAGUUGGGAUUAGCGGUUUAUCCGGGCAUGGGGACUGCUGAUGGGAUUGUGGGAGAUCAUGUUAUUGUGUCGCCGCCUUUGACGAUUACUGAGGAGGAGAUGGAUAUUCUAGUUGAGGUGUUGAAGAGGGCUUAUGAUGAUGUUGCUUCCAAGUAUGGGGUCUGA